AUGGACUAUACACUCGAAAGUUGCCAAAAACUCGUAGACGACUGGAUACACACCAUUGGGGUCCGCUAUUUUUCAGAAUUAACGAAUACCGCUAUCCUCAUGGAAGAGGUCGGAGAAUUAGCGCGGAUUAUGGCUCGUCGAUACGGCGAACAGAGCUUCAAGGAGAACGAGAGGGAUCUGGACCUCGGCGAAGAGAUGGCUGAUAUUCUUUUUGUGCUCAUUUGUCUUGCGAAUCAGACGGGUGUUGAGCUUGAGGACGCAUUCAAAAAAUCUAUGGAAAAAAGGACACGCCGAGAUAAAGAACGGCACAGCAAAAACCCAAAACUUCUGAAAAAAACGGUGUCGUCGCCUUCCCUGCCCAAGGAGAUCGACAAUGAUGCACCUUAG